CACAGCGAGGUGAUAAUAUGUACUAUGGUACAUAUAUGAUAUAUACUUAAGGAACAUUCGUCAAAUUGAGCAUCUACUUUUUCAUAUAUUAUUAACAAAGAAUAAUUGAAGAACAUCAUGUUAUUUUAUAUUAAAUUUGCAACAGCACCUGCUCUUUAGGCACUAUUGCUUUCGACGCUAAGUCUAUAUUUUCGAACUGAUCCCUGAUGAUUCUACAAGUGUAGCAGCACAAUCGACGAGUGUAAUUGACGCAAAGCAAAAGAUUGAAUAGACGUAAUAAAAAGAGAAAGAAAUAUAGUAUCUUGGUGUAAAAUGGUUGCCAAGGAUUUAAUGCAAAAGCGAAAAAGAUUCAUCGAUUGGGGAAAUAAGAAACAGACAGCUGCAUUUUGUAGUUCAUUGUCAGUACGAGGAGGAAUGACGACUCGGCUCUGAGGUUUGCAUCUGGUCACCGUGGAGACGGCUACUUAAUCGUGACAUUUCACGCUUUUCUUUCGUUUACGUAAACUGCACCUCUGCACAUGCUGUUCAAGUGAUUUACUAUUUUGUUCAUAAAUUUGUGAUGGCACGAACGCUCGUCUGUUUACGGUAUUUACUCAUCGGUGGUGCUAUUGUUGUCGGAGUAAGUGUAUAUUUCAUGUGCACGGUACCAUUGUGUGUUUAUGAGCAGAUGCACGGUAUGCGGUAUUAUAGAGGCCGUUUGUGCCGGUUAUUUCAUAUAUCAGUUAUAUGAAUAUGCACCCCUCACUCCCAACAAUGUUUGCGGCUCAUCGAUUAUUUUAUUAGUGAUGGGUCUGGUAGCAGGUCUAAUUGCAUGGUGCGCUUGGCAAUUUUUAGACUUUUCCAACAGGGGACAAGUCAUAAUUUUUUCUUUAGCAUUAUUAGGCGUCACGGUUGUUAAUACAAGCGCUGGAAUUUGGGCGCUUGUCAGGCACGAGCAAGUGGACAUGUUACCAAGCGCGCACCUUGAAAAAGUAUUUGAACUUUCUAUUUCCGAUGAUAAAUCGCUCUGGGAUCGUAUGCAUUCCAAGUUACGUUGUUGUGGAAUAAACGGACCUGGGGAUUAUCGAGGUCUGGAUGCGAUUCCUUGGUCUUGUUGUGACACUGUAUCGUCACUUACAAAUUUAAGUGACAAUAAAGGUGUAUGUACAACAAUGUAUGCAAGAGGUUGUCAGCAUGUUGUAAUAAAUCGUACUAGAUCGAUUCUCCUCCAUAUUUUCUUACUCGCGUUGUGUACAAUAUUGUUGCAGGUUUGUUUCAUAGUAUGCAUGACUUGUUACGCGAAAGCUUGUCAAGAAUCGACAGAGAGAAGAAAAGAUAUAAUGAUAGCCGCGCAAGCACUUAUGCAAGCAUCUAAAGAAACGGGAACAAAUGAUAAGCUUUUGAAUGCUCAAUUAAAAAGUCCUAAAACAAUAGCUAAUGUUCAACAAUCAAUUUUUUAAAAAAUUUUACUUUACAAUAACGAGAUAAAUAAUUAUUCAACAUUUUACUUUUUCUGGGAUACACGACGAGCAUUUAAUUCUAAUACGAUAAGAAAUGUUUAUAAGACAUUUCGUUUUAUAUAUUCUAAAACUACAUGCCAAAAAUAUUGUGCCAGAUGGACAAAUUUUGUAUCAAAUAUUUGCAGAGUUCCUUAGCUUAAGCUUAAUAUAAAGUAAAAUUUGAAUGAGUGAGUUCCACAUGCAACGGAAGAAUCAUUUUCUAGAAUGUCCAUUGAUAUGGAGACAUACAUUUUCUAUUGUAUUUAAAUUCGUUAUCUUUAAAUGUGUUGAUCGUGUAAGUGAACAAUAUGAGGGAUGCGAAAGGAUGAUAGUUAGAUUUAUUAAUACAAAAGAACGUAAUUUUUAAUGAUCUAUACAAGUUUAUAUAAUUAUACCAGACUGGAAAUAAAUAUUUGUAAUACGACUUAUUAAAAUCCGAUGCAUUAUUAGUAUGAAAUAUUAAGUAUGUCAUACGAAUAUUUUUAAUCUGAGAUUAUUGUUCUAUUGGUAACAAAGACAUUGGUAUCUCUCGUCGGUGCUUAUACUCUGUUGGUAAAAUUGAUUUCUUCAUUACUCUGUUGGUAACAACGUGAGUAUCAUAUCUUAAGUAUUCCUACGUCUUAUUGAUGGUAAAACAUUCUGUCAAACAUUGUAACAAGUCA